AAAUGAGGAAACCAGAGGUAGCAAUUAAUGCAGCCACUAAUCAAGUAAAGAAGAUGAAGAAGGGACUUUGGUCUCCAGAGGAAGACUCAAAGCUGAUGCAAUAUAUGAUAAGCAAUGGGCAAGGAUGUUGGAGUGAUGUCGCCAAAAACGCAGGCCUUCAACGAUGUGGCAAAAGCUGCCGUCUUCGUUGGAUCAACUAUCUUCGUCCUGACCUCAAGCGUGGCGCUUUCUCUCCUCAAGAAGAGGAACUCAUCAUUCGUUUUCAUUCCGUUCUUGGCAACAGGUGGUCUCAGAUUGCAGCACGAUUGCCUGGUCGGACCGACAACGAGAUCAAGAACUUUUGGAACUCAGCAAUAAAGAAAAGGCUAAAGAAAAUGUCUGAUACAUCCAACCUCCUUGUCAACAACUCAUCCUCAUCACCCAACGCAAGUGACUCGUCUUCUAAUUCCUCUUCUUCUUUGGAGCUAAAAGACAUCAUAGGAAGCUUCAUGUCCUUACAAGAACAAGGAUUCGUCAACCCCUCUUUCACCAACAUGCCAAACAACAACAAUCCAUUCCCAGCGCCGACACACCUGAUCAGCCACCCAUUUAAUGACGAUUUUACCCCUUAUGCAGAUGGUUUAUGUGGAGUAAACACAGGGAUACAAGGCGAACUCUACUUCCCACCUCUGGAAUGUGAAGAAGGUGACUGGUACAAGGCAGAUAUUAAUAACCACUUAGAGGACUUGAACACUAAUGGAGCUGGAAACGUACCUGAGAGUGUGAGACUGGAAGAAUAUUGGGAAUUUGGGACCUUGACCAGUUGGUGAACACUGAGGUUCCUUCAGUUUACUUCAACUUCAAACAAAACAUUUGACAUUUUUCUUUUCACUUCCUUAUUUUUUUCUUUUGCGGAAUUAUAUAUACUAAGAUUCAUAGCCACACUGCAAAUACAUACAUAUAUACAUUGUCAUAGAUAGAUACUGAAAAGUUAGAGAGUCUUUUGUAUUUCGAAUAAAACUAGGGCUUGACGUGCCAUGUGUUAUGUGUAAUGAUUAGUCAAUGUAAACAAUAUAUAAAUAAUCCUUAAUAAAAGAUGGAAUAAAU